AUGGGUGGUCUAGCAAGUGAGUUUGUGGAAAACUUAUGUGAUUACUCCAUCCUUAUAAAGCAUCACAGAAUCCACACAGGGAAGAGGCCCUAUGAAUGCAGUGAGUGUGGGAAAACCUUCAGUCGCAGUUCACACCUUAUUACGCAUCAGAGAAUCCACACAGGGGAGAGGCCCUAUGAAUGCAGUGAGUGUGGGAAAACCUUCAGUCGCAGCUCAAACCUUCUUGCCCAUCAGAGAAUCCACACAGGGGAGAGGCCCUAUGAAUGCAGUGAGUGUGGGAAAACCUUCAGUCGCAGUUCGCACCUUAUUACGCAUCAGAGAAUCCACACAGGGAAGAGGCCCUAUGAAUGCAGUGAGUGUGGGAAAACCUUCAAUCGCAGCUCAAGCCUUCUUACCCAUCAGAGAAUCCACACAGGGGAGAGGCCCUAUGAAUGCAGUGAGUGUGGAAAAUGCUUCACUGACAGAUCAUACCUUAUUAGGCAUCAGAGAAUCCACACAGGGGAGAGGCCCUAUGAAUGCAGUGAGUGUGGAAAAUGCUUCACUGACAGCUCAGCCCUUUCUCAACAUCAGAGAAUCCACACAGGGGAGAGGCCCUAUGAAUGCAGUGAAUGUGGGGGAAAAUUUAGUCGCAGCUCAGACCUUAUUACACAUCGGAGAAUCCACACAGGGGAGAGGCCCUAUGAAUGCAGUGAGUGUGGAAAAUGCUUUACUGACCGCUCAGGCCUUUCUCAACAUCAGAGAAUCCACACAGGGGAGAGGCCCUAUGAAUGCAGUGAGUGCGGGAAA